GUCCAAUUAUACCCACCUAAAUCCAAAAUGGCUCGUACCAAGCAAACAGCACGUAAAUCUACCGGAGGAAAGGCCCCCAGGAAGCAGCUGGCAACCAAAGCCGCCCGUAAGAGCGCACCCGCCACCGGAGGAGUGAAGAAACCACAUCGUUACCGUCCGGGAACCGUCGCUCUCCGUGAAAUCCGUCGUUACCAAAAGAGUACCGAACUAUUGAUCCGCAAAUUACCGUUCCAACGUCUAGUGCGUGAAAUCGCUCAGGACUUUAAGACCGACUUGCGUUUUCAGAGCUCUGCCGUCAUGGCAUUGCAGGAAGCUAGCGAGGCCUAUUUGGUCGGUCUCUUCGAAGACACCAAUUUGUGCGCUAUUCACGCCAAGCGUGUCACGAUCAUGCCUAAAGACAUCCAAUUGGCUCGUCGUAUCCGCGGUGAACGUGCUUAA